CAGAAACCAGAUAUGGAAACUGUGGUUAUAUUUAUAGGCUAUAUAGAGUUGCAAUCUGCAACCUCACCACUAGAUGUCACUAAAUUGUACACACUGGUCCUUUGAAUUUGCCUGUAUGUCUAUAGUCUAUGACACUUUUUAAAAUCAAAAAGCAGAUUGACAAAAUGUAAGAUAGCAGUCUUUGAAAAAACAACACAUUCAUGUUAUACCCUGAGUAUAGCCUAUUAAAUAUGGUUAUAAUCUAUAACAUAGAGCCCGCAUUAAUGAAAUAAAAGUUGAUUUUAGGCAGAGCCAAUACUUUCUAGUGUCCAGAUAUGAGGAAAAAUCGAAAUUGCUGUACUUCCACAGGUCUUCCGCUGGUUUCUCAGAUGGAUUUCACCCAAAUACUGCAAACAUCUGCAACAUAAAGCCAAUAUCUGUGAAAUAUAAGUUGAUUUGAGGCAGAGCGAACAUAACGUUUUUUUAUGGGUGGAGUCGAGUUUUAAUUUCCAUGCUGAGGUCAUAGUCUUAUUUAGACAGUCUAAAUGACACCUUUUCACUAAGACAAACCAUUCUGCACUGUGACUCUGUGAUGUGGGUAUCCUGUCUGUCAGAUAAGCUUUAACAUAUUUAAAUGGAUUAUGAGUUCCUUUACAGUUGUCCACUCUCGCCUCUAACUAUACGCUUGACUGUCGUCCUCUUUUUGCUGCUAUUCGCCUACACGCCUGCUAAAGGUCAGCCUCAGGUGAUUGGUUCACUCCAGCCAAUCAUGGCCGCCCCAGGUGACAGUGUCGUCCUGCCGUGUCACGUGGAGCCUCCGAUCGAUGUGAGGGGACUGAUGGUGGAGUGGUCGAGGCCCGACCGUAAGCCUGACCCCAGAGAUCGGCUUAGCAGGGUCGAGUACGUCCAUCUUUACCGAGACAAUCGCGAGGUCCCGGACAUGAAGAUCCCGUCGUACGUCAGCAGGACGGAGUUGUUCACAGACGGACUGAGACAAGGCAACAUAUCGCUCAAAAUCAUUAAUGUGACGCUUGCAGACAAAGGGAGGUACAAGUGUUUCAUCCCGAAGUUAAAGAGCACAAACCAGGCUUCAGUUGUUCAUCUUGUCAUUGAGCCAAACUACGAUAAAAACUGGACAACAGAGAUGCCACUGCAUCCCAGAAAUCUCCAAACUCCUGAUCCAAAGGAAGAGACUGACAUUAGAGAUGGUUGGUCCAGUCGGAGCAGACUGACCCUGGUUGGGGUCAUAUGCGUCUUGCUGAUCCUGAGCAUUGGAGUCGGAGGAUACAGACUUAUACAGAAGCAUCCCAAACAAACACUACAUCAGAGUCUUUAAGUUUCUUUUUAUCUAUCUACAGUAGAGAAGAAUAAGUGUUGGAAAAUCCUUUUAUAUGAAUAAUGUCAGGCUCUUUUGGGAGAAAAAAACUAAUAGACUGUCUAUUAGUUUUUUUAUUUCCAAAGAGGCACUGUAUGUCAUUCUACAGAAUUCUGCAAUGGAGCUGCAGUCAUCUCAAUACUGUGAAAGUUGAACCUUAGUUGUUUUGAAUAAAGUUUUUUUCCUCCUUUCAUUUUCACAAUGCCUGAACAGGAGGAGCAGAUUGUACCUCAGCCUACAUCCCAAACCCACUGCUGAAACAACACAAAUCUCUGAUUGUGAGCCAAAGUGCAUAUUGUUUUAGUUUUGAAUCCACAUUUGGGUUUUGUAGAAGUUUGCACGUCAGGAACUACAUUUCCUCAAUAUGGAGGAAAUUGUUCCUCCCUUUACAGCGUUCGCUUUCAAAGUGCUUUUGUGCCGGUCACCUAUCGAUAAUGAAAAGAACAACGAAGUGAUAGCGAUCUAAUGUUGUAUUUCUUAAUUUGUUGUUUUUAAAUGUUCAAAUAAAAGCUGGUCUUUUAUUG